AUGUUCAGCUUCACCGGCUUGUCGGAGGAGCAGGUGGGCAAGCUGCGCGACCAGUGGCAUGUCUACAUGACCAAGAAUGGUCGCAUCAGCAUGGCCGGGUUGAACACGAAGAAUGUAGAGUACUUCGCCAAGGCGGUGGACAGUGUGGUCAGGGAGACGAGUUCGUAGGGGUAGAUAGAGAGGCUAGGAAUGGCGACUGAUAGAAGGGCAAAGCUCUCAUGGACUCGAGAUGAGAGCAUGCGUGUCAAAUAAAGUGAUCCGUUUACACUCGUCAGUGCCAAAGAGAAUCAUCCAAUGUACAUUAAACCCCGAGCCAAAAGUUCGGGAUAUCACGAUUUCCUUUCUGCCUUCAUCACCCACCCCCCACCACUCAAGUUCAAACUGCCCGCUCUCUGUCGCGUUCGUGUGGCGAGAUGAGUUGGGGAGACAUCCCCUGGCCGUCGCAGCCAAGCCUCAAAUGUCCGGGACUGUCCUCACCCAACCAGACGGGAGGCAUAUCUCACACUGGCUUUCCUCGACCCGCUGACAUGUAUGUUUCCACGGUAGGGGUGCUGAGUUUCCAUUCACUCGGCCAGGUGGGUGCAUCGCGCACGUCGCGAGCGAAGCCGUUUCGCUCCUCAGGGAGAUCCGCUCGAGGGUGGGCGAGCGAAUUCGACGUCGAGAUGUGCGCGAGCGAAUUCGAUCGUCCUGGGGAUAUAGAAAUGGCUGUUCCUCCCUUUUCCUCUGCCAGGUCGUAUCUCAAACUAGAUCAAUCACAAGCCUCCGUCAAUCAAUCAUCCAACCAACCAUCAAUCACAAGUCCACCCAACCAACCAACCAAUCACCAUGACCCGCAAAGCAAGCGUCGCCUCCCUCACCCGCAACGCCUCCACCAAACACAAGACGACGCACAACCGCUUCGCCAGCCUGAAAGACGAGUAGGACGUCUACGAGCGGCGCGCCCACUUCGCCGAGCUGCCCAUGGCCAACGUCUUCGCCGGCCUGCGCGGCCUGCAGUACAACGCGUGCCGGCGCAAGACGGGCGCGGCGUUCAUGGCGGAGAUGAUCGAGCUGUGGGGGCGGCUGAUUGUGGAUUUUCAGGAGGCGUUUGAUGCGCUGUCUUGAGGGUGAGUCUUCGCGCCUGCUGAUGGUUGUUUGUUGUGCUGAUGGUUGUGAAUUGUAGGCUUUUGACCGGAUGCAGGGUGGAUGGAUGGUUCGGUAGAUCUCGAAGGGAUUAUC